GGCGGCAGCUCUGCGAGGCCCAGCCCUGGGGGUCCCGGCGGGCCCCGCUGUAACCCCUGCGCCCCGCUGCCCGUAGGCUACGCCAACGAGGUGGGAGAGUCCUUCCGAGCCAUCGUGCCCGUCUGGCUGGUGUGGAGCACCUACGGCGUGGCCACGGCCUACGUGACGGUUGACGCCGUUGACAAGGGAAAGAGAGCGGCGGCGGCUCAUGAGCACAGCUCAGGGAAGAGAGCACGGGUGGCUGUGGCUGUGGUGGAUACCUUUAUAUGGCAGUCUCUGGCUUCUGUGGCCAUCCCUGGCUUCACGAUUAACCGCAUCUGUGCUGCCUCCCUCUACCUCUUGGGUGCCAUGACCCGGUGGCCAGUCUCAGUUCGGAAGUGGACAACUACAGCUGUCGGUCUCUCUGCCAUCCCCUUCAUUGUCAAACCCAUUGACAGGUCAGUGGAUUUCCUGAUGGACUCCAGCCUUCGCAAACUGUACAGCACUGAAGAAACUCCCCCUUCCUCAUGAUGCACCCUCCCCCGUCCUACCUGCUGAAGCAGGGCCAGCCUACCUUGACAGCACUGUGCCUCCUUACUUGUUCAACUGUAUUGAAGUCCAGAUGAACCAACCUACUGUGACAGCGUGGCAGGGCAGGAGUGGGGUUGGAACAGCCCUUCCACUGCUCAGGCUCACCUCUGUUUGAAACGGCAUUAGCACCAGGCCUGAGUUCCUAGGAGCUGGUGCAUCUAACUUGGACAGCAUGGGAGUUGAGAGCUGAUUCUUAGUCCUUGGUGGCCUUGUUUUAGGUAUGGCACAGGGAAGAAUUUCAAUCUAUACCAAAACAAUGGUGCCAUGGGGUUGCAGGUCAGCCCAGGGUGGUAGAUUUUCCUGUAAGUGAUAGAAAGCCUUGGACUUGCACCACUGAGAAAUCUGUUUACUGUGAUGCCUUUCCUGAGGGUUAGCUGCAUUAAACCCAUGCUGUAUUAUAAGCCAUUUUAUUCUACUUGAGUCCAGUGUGAUCGAUCAGGUGAUCUGCUGUAAGGCACAGCCCUUCACUGUUUCUUCCAGGUGUUCACAAUAAAUCAUGUUUUAAAUCUGA